AUGCAAGCCGAAAAGCCCCAAGGAAAGGAGAACAAAAAAUCCAAGAUGCAGCCAAUGGAAGCUGCUGCUGGUGGGGCUCUUCCGCCUCCCGGUAAUAACCGACGUACUGGAGCUAUUCCUGGUGUUUCUUCAACUGCAAAUCGAACCAUCUGGUCCAAUAAUCGCCCUGAGCAAGCCUUAGGUCGUACCAUGCGAGAAGCAGUUGAAAAACAUGAUGCAGAGGAGAAGAAAAGGCAGGAUGCCGCUGGAACGCUGAUUGCUGACUUGCGCACUCCUCCCAGCAAUGUAAGCAAUCAUACUUGUCAUGGAUCUAACCCUCCUCCUGCUCCGUCUAUCGCCAGAAAGCCUUUGGUGAUGGAUGGCUUCUACAAUAUGAGUUAUGACCCGGAUCUUUACCAUGGAAUCAAUGACGUCGCUCCUUUCACAUCUGGCUGCGGGCGCUAUGCCAUGCCGUACCAGAGAGUCUCUUCUGGCAGGUCGAGUGCCCCACCAUGUCUGCCUUCUCCUGAGCAGCAACGUCGUCAGGGAUUGCAUUCCAACCCACAGUUGGCAGUUGCACUCAAGAAAGAGAGCAUUGCUUCAAGGAAGAAAGCCCCAUCCAAGAGUGCUAAAGGAGGAUCUGGUAGCAAAGGAGGAGCAGCGGGAUGGUUUACCGAGGAUGAAAGAAGCAGCUUGUUUGAUACCAUUAAGAAGAAGCUUCCAAUUGGUAAAGCUGAGUGGGAAAAGGUAGCUGAUGACUACAACAGCAACAAUGUUCGUCAUCGCGAGUUGCCAUCCUUGAGGGCCCAAUUCAAUAAGUAUGCAUUGGCUAAGCCACCAACUGGAGACCCAAACUGUCCUCCUUUGGUCCGCCAAGCCAAGCAGAUUGCAAACAUGAUAAAGGAGAAAGCUGGGUUGGAAAACAUGCAAGCAGGAGUUGGUGCAGAUCCCUUUAAUGCUCCUUAUUCGUCGAGUAAUGACACUACCCCCAACACCGUGGAUACCAGCAAGAGUCAGACCAAAGCUGUCAGGAAGAAAGCGAAACAGGACAGUAUUAUGGAAUACAUGAUGCUAAGCGACAUGAAAGAAACCCAGCGUCGUGCAGAAGAAUCCCAUCAAGCCCGAGAGGACAGAAUGCAGAUGAUGACAGUUUUGGCAUCUACAGUCACGGCCAUUGCUACCGCCUGGUCAGGAAGACAAGUCGAAUUGCCCAUGUUCUCAACAAGCGCAAGGGCCCCAGAAGCGGCCGUAGACAGUCCUCUUACCCAAGCUUCGGCUGACAAGGAAAAAAAAGAACCAGUGGAAGAUAUCGAUUGGGGUAGCUUGAAGCUUUCUUCUUCUGACUCUGAUGAUGACACUUUUGACCGCGGUGUGUCAUUCAAGCAUCGUCUUGCACGUAAGAGAGCCCAUGAUGCUAAGAAGCGCAUGCGGAAACAGAAGAAGAGAAAGGAAAAGGAAGAAUUGGCUGAAAAAGAAGCAGGCAAGAAACAGAAGGUGCCUCGACUAAGCCAAGGCCUCAGUCAGAGCCAGACAGAACUCCUGGAGGAUGCUGAUUCGUCCGAUGAAGACUGUGUCGAGCUUGAUCCUGUUGAGUACUAUGGACGCAAAGCCAAGGAAGAUGAAGAAGAAGAAAAGAAGAAGAAUGGUGACACUGCAGAUAAGAAUUCCAGUAGAGCCAUUUAA